AUGUGGAAUCUUGGUUGCGUUUGGAAGGGAAAGAUUACGUCUGACUGUUUGCGAAAGUCAGACUUGCUCGAGCGUAUACGACUACUUCAAGAAGAUUUCGAUAUUAAUCGCGAUGUACGAUAUUUCAGUUAUGAGCACUUUUAUGUGAUCUACUGCAAAUUCUGGGAAAUCGAUACGAACCAUGAUCAAAUAGUUAGCAAAGCUGAUAUGAGAAUGCACAAAGACGGUGCAAUCACUGAUCUCGUUCUGAAUCGAAUUUUCUCUCGUGCUGUGCGAACCACUAGGAAGGAUACCAUGAAUCUCAUUGAUUUUACCAACUUUUUGCUAGCUGAAGAGGAUAAAACUCACCCAACGAGCCUGGAAUACUGGUUCCGAGUUCUUGGGCAUGAGGAUGGAGAUUGGAUCUGA